GGUUGAUGCUUGAAUCGAAUGAUUCUUGAAUUGACUAGUUUAGCUUUGCUUACUUCCUCUGGACUCGUUCACAAAGGAUGGGCGUUUCUUUGUGGUAGUUACAGUGACUUCACAAUGACUGUUUGGGGCUUGUUCUUUUCACUUGUCUGCGGUUAUUUUCUAGGCUGUCUACCGUAUUUUCUUCUUGAUGUUUUGAAAGUACCCUUUUUCGAAAGGUACAAGGUGCAGACUUUUCGGUAUCCUUCCAAGGCGAACCUUCAAAAGUGUUGUCUUAAUUUGUUUAUUUUGUUCUUUUUUGUCAUGUUGCCGAUGAUAGCUUUGAGCUAUCCUUUAUUUAAGGCUAUAGGAGUCACAAGAGAACUUCCUUUACCCAGUCUUUUCAUCGUAGUGGUCCAAGUCUUUUUCUUCUUUCUUGUCGAAGAUUUCGGGAACUAUUGGUUGCACCGCUGGCUGCAUACAACUUGGGCAUAUAAAAACAUUCACUAUGUGCACCACGAAUAUAGUGCUCCGUUUGCUUUAGCUGCCACUUACGCGCAUCCUCUUGAAGUGGUCCUUUUAGGCGUUCCGACGUUUUUGGGUCCACUAGUAGUUGGACCGCAUCUUUUUACUUUAUGGGUAUGGCUCAUGAUGAGACAGUAUGAAGCAGUAGAUAUUCAUUCUGGAUAUGAGUUUCCUUGGAACCUUAACUCUUUUUUGUCCUUUUACGGUGGAACCGAACACCAUGACUAUCAUCAUUAUUUGUAUUCAGGAAAUUAUGCUUCCAUAUUUACUUGGUGUGAUGGCAUCUAUGGAACUAAUCUUAGCUACAAAGUGCGUAAAUAUUGCCGUGAUUGUUGAUAAUUCUAUUCGAAUCUUUAAAUGACUCCUUUGUAUUUUGAGUGAGAAUAAGCCCCCAUAAAUAAAUAAGUAUAUAUACAU